GCCACUCUGGCUGGUGUCGCCGCUGCCUUUGCGUGAGAGUCGCUACUACUCGGGUUGGGCCGAACCUGCCGGGGGUCGCCUGGUUAGCCGGCAAGCAAGCGGGCAAGCGCUGUUGCUGCAGCCGCUCUCCCCCUCCUUCGCUGCCUCCCCCGUUAUGGCUCGGGACCCGAGGGUGCUGAGGUUACAACGCUGAAGCCAUGAAGACCCUCCUCGCCGCCUACUCCGGGGCCCUGCGAGGUACAGGGUCCGGUAUCCUCUCAGCUCUUCAGGAUCUGUCCUGGCUGUCCAAGUCCAAAGUAGAGAAGCAACUGCAGAUCAUCUCUGUGCUGCAAUGGCUGCUGUCUUUCCUCGUCAUGGGGGCUAGUUGCACCCUUAUCCUCGUGUACAUUCUCUGUACGGACUGCUGGGUGAUUGCAGCUGCAUACUUGGCGUGGUUGGUGUUUGAUUGGAACACACCAAAAAAAGGUGGAAGAAGAUCGCAAUGGAUCAGAAACUGGGCUGUGUGGAGAUAUUUCCGGGACUAUUUCCCGAUACGACUGGUAAAAACCCACAACUUGAUGACCCACAAGAAUUACAUCUUUGGCUACCACCCACAUGGAAUCAUGGGAAUGGGCGCCUUCUGCAACUUUUGCACAGAGGCCACGGGCGUGAGCCAGAUGUUUCCGGGGAUUCGGCCAUAUGUUGCUACAUUAGCUGGGAACUUCAGGUUACCCAUUUUCAGGGACUACAUAAUGUCUGGGGGUGUCUGUCCUGUGAACCGGGACACCAUUGAUUACAUCCUUUCCAAGAAUGGCCGUGGUAACGCCAUUGUGAUUGUGGUGGGGGGCGCUGCGGAGUCCCUGAACUGCACGCUGGGCAAAAACUCUGUGACCCUGCGGCACCGGAAGGGCUUUGUGAAGCUGGCGUUAUACCAUGGUGCAGAUCUAGUUCCGGUGUAUUCCUUUGGCGAGAAUGAGAUCUACAAGCAGGUGAUCUUUGAGGAGGGCUCCUGGGGACGGUGGGUUCAGAAGAAAUUCCAGAAGUACGUUGGCUUUGCUCCUUGCGUUUUCCAUGGGCGAGGCCUCUUUUUCUCUGACAGCUGGGGAUUGUUGCCAUACCCCAAGCCCAUCAACACUGUUGUUGGGGAGCCCAUUACCAUUCCCAAAAUCGAUAACCCAAGCCAGAAGGAAGUAGACUUCUAUCACAGCAUCUACGUCAGCUCUCUGAUUAAACUCUUUGACGCGCACAAGACGAAAUUUGGCCUGCCGGAGACAGAGGUCUUGGAAAUCAAUUGACCACCGGAAGGAACCGGACACUUUGGCUCUUGCGUUUUUUGGCAGCGACUCGCUCACAAAUGUGGCAUCAAAAGACACUUUUCUGCCAGACUCCAAGUUGUCUUUUGUGUUCUGGUCUGUGAAUUGGGGAGGCGAGCGUGGAUGCACGCGUGAGCUUUCAAAAGGAUAAAAGAAAAGAAGUUGUCUAACUAUUCAAACUUUAGAGCUUUCUAGAAACGGUUUUAUUUUCUGAUUGUGACAGAUCCAUCCUGCUCCAACAAUGGCACUUAAAUCUAUCAGUUCCCCCAUCACAGAAAGAGAAGGAAAGGGAGUUGCUUGGCUUUUUGAAUCUGUUGCCUUUGAUGGCCAGAUGCAAUGCCCUUGAAGUAGAACUAGGACAGCUUGCCUUAGCCCAACUCAGACUAUUGGUGCAUUUAGCUCAGUAUUGUCUACGCUGACUGGCAGCAGCUUGCCAGGCAGAGAGUUCCUUUCAACUGGUGAGACCAGGGAUUGAGCUUUGGGAUCUUCUGCACGCUGCCACAGAGCUAGGCUCCCUCCUAACUUCUCAUCAGGAGUCUAGAUAGUGAAACGGGGGUGGAUUAGGUGGGAUAAAGCACUUACUUGGGUAGAAGGUUGUUGUAACCUGUUGGCGCCACACAGGGCUAGCCCUGAAUGUUAUGCCUCCCCUAGUGACGGUACCUCAUAAUGCAAGAAAAGCAUCCCAAGGGAGCCUUGCAGUGCUGGGUGGAAUCACAGCAAAGCUUUUCCUCCAGAAAUGCCUGCUGCGCCAUUGGCUCUCUGAAAUAAUAUUGCUACUUUAGGCGAUCACAUAGGUUGCUUGUGCAGUUAGACUAGCCCCGAGGUCAAGGAUCUGUGUUGGGGGAAUGGCAGGGUGGUGGUGGUGGAAUAUGAGAGCCUGAUUCCUUUGUUAAACCACACCUCUGUGUAAUUUAUUUUAUCUGUUAGUUGAUCAUGCGUUGCAUAAACCUUUGUGCUGGUUUUACAGCAGAAGGAAAGGGACAAUGGUAUAUAGAGGGACCUUGGUGGGUAGGGAUGAAAGCAGAGUAUUGUGGGAAUGAACUCACAGCUGUCAUUUCCCACUCCCUAGAAGUUGCACCACAAGCCAUCUCUGGGCUCUGAAUCUCACAUUGCAGUUUCAGCUGGAAGAAAAGGGAGCAGGUUGCUAGUCCUCAUGCAUUGAUAGAAAAGGCAGAAAUUGCAUGGGCAGCUCCCUCCAAGUUCUGAUUUUAAAAGCCAGAGCCUAUGUUUGUUUGUAUUUUGUCCUGCAAUCCACACUCAUUUUUGUACCCAUGCUGUUUUUUCCCACCCUCUUGCACUUGUACUGUAGCAAAUCCAAUUGGUACACUACUGCUUUUUACGUAUAAGUUUCGUAGCACAAGGGGAUUUCUGGUUGAGAAAAGCCCCUCCUGAAAGCACAAACAAUGCAAAUUCUGAGGUUUGCUCCCAUUUCCCCCUCCUGUUGCUACCUUGUUGUGCAAAUGGGUUUGGGAACCAAAGACUGUCCCUGAAAACAGACCUUGCCGGAUUAUUGUUCUUCAUGUAUCUCCUCUCUGGCCUCUGUUGUCUUGGCCUUCUUUCUACGGAGAUCCAACCUUUUUAUAGAUGGCACAUGUCUCUGUCUCCUGGGGAAAUGCUGGAAACUCAGUGUUAGUCGGCAAUAUUUUUAAAGCAAAAUCAAGAGUUGAUGAUUGUCAGGGGUGACUUUUGUGCUUGUAAUGAGCCAUGUCUUUACUGUGAGGUGUGUGUGCAUGCGUGCACGAGAGAGAAGAAUGCACGGGCUGCCAACUUCUUUUUCUACAGGGAUGUUGCUUUGUUUUUAGCAGGUAUGGGACAGGGAGAAAUUCAUCAUGCUUAGUUUUUCCCUGCCACUGGAUCACCAAGAAAGAAAAUCUCAUCUCUUUGCCUGUACCUUUUUAAAGCAGGGAUGGGCUCCUCUGGUCUGGGGGCCAGAUGUGACCUUCCAUGUCUCUCUGUUGGGCCCUUGGGACAUUUUCCAGGCUAUAUCCCCCCCAUAGCCACACCACUUACUAGUCCUGCUUUGCACCCUCCUCCUUGAGUGACUUUGCCUGGCUGGAAUGCGCCCUAGCCCUCUGAUAAUGCCUCUUGCCCAACUUGCCAAUAGCUUGCCCUAUCUUUCUGCCCUUAUUUCUGCACUCGCAAGUUUUGCGUCUCCUACAGAUUUCAGCUAACCAAAGGUCUUCUCCUCUCCUAAAUGGUUCCAUCUUUUCUUGCCUGCUGCCCCUUACACCUGGCUCUAUCUCCCAGCACAUCCAUUCAUUGCCACUUCUCUGUCUCCCAUGUUGAAGCCUUUGGCACAACAACAACCCUUUAGGCCAGGGUUGCAGAGCAUGUUGUUGGACUACAACUCCCAUCAGCCCCAACCAGCAUGGCCAAAGGUCAGGGAUUAUGGGAGACCUCACCUAUAGGUGAAACAAAGCCCGAGUCGGUCUUUGAUCACCACCAUCCCAUCUUAUUUAUCCUGUUUUCCAAAGGUCACAUCUGUACAUACAUUUCAAGCACAUGGCUUUCCCCUGUACUGUAGUUGACCCCUCACAGAGCUACAGUUCUCGGCACCCUUAAACUACAGUUCUCAGGAUUCUUGGGAGGAAACCAUGUGUGGACUGGAAAGUUCCUUGAGGCAGAAAACAUCUUUCUCUGUCGUUUCUGUUACUUUGUGAAGAGCCUUGUACUUUAGUGGCUCUCUCUCUCUCUCUCUCUCUGUGUGUAUAUGUAUGUGUGUGUGUAUAUAUAUAUAUAUAUGUAUAUAUAUACAGACAUCAAGCAAUUGGAUUUGUCCUUAGCCAUGCACACAUUAAAAGCAUAGGAGCCUCCCUCAGGAGUGGUGUUGGCCACCCAAAAAGGAAAAAAACAGUUUAAAUCUAGUAGGAGCCCUCAUAGAUGAAUCAUUUUUUAACUCUGGGGAUUUCUCUGUUUUUAAAGAACAUGGUGUUGAUUAUUGAAUUCAGAGAUGAAUGUAUAUAAAUAGCUCUUGACUGUUUUUAAAUAGUAUUGACUGUUUUUAAAUGUUUACAUGGAUGUCGACUGACGCUUUAUAGAGAAAUAUAUUCAAAGCCCAGUGUGUGCAUACAUACAUAUAUAAAUAUAUAUUUAAAUGUUCUUGCACUAUUGCAUGCUUAAACUGCCACCUUCAAUUGUAUUAAUCAUUGACACUGAUUGAAGCUCUAAAAUGUGCCUUUGGGUAAUGCAGAAAACUGGGGCUUCGGUUCCUGGGUUCUUGUAUCCCUGUGAUCCUGAUCAUGACAUGUAUAACGGGGAAAAAUGCUCCAGCCUUUGGGCAUUUCAUGGAAAUACUGUACAUCAUUUAAAAAGACUUUUGUACAAAUUUGUAGAAAUAAAUG